AAAGUGCAACUUUUUUUCUUUUCUUUCUUUCUUUCUUUCUUUUAUGUGGUUCUAAAUUCAUCUCUUUCCUUAUAAAGUUAUAAACCUUCUUUCCACUUCCCUUCAUCUUUGCAAGAAAGAAAAUUGAUCACAUCCUUACAAAGUCAUGGAAGCUUGUUUUGUCACCUCCAAACCCACUUCUUUCCCAAUUCAUACAAGAAAAUCACCAACCCCAUCAUCUCUCAAAAUAUCAUGUUGUCAAUUUAGAUCACCAUCAUCAUCAGGAGGAGAGGAUGAUGAUUGGAGAUCGUUUAGAGCGAAACUGAUUGCCACUCAAAAACUAUCAACGCCUCAGAUUUCAUCUUCUUUUGUGGAUCUUGACACAGCAGUGGAUCAUCCACCGUCCAUCUCCCUAGGUGAGAAAUGGGCUCAUGUCAUUCAUGGACCAGAAAAGGGAUGUCUUCUAAUAGCUACAGAGAAGCUUGAUGGAGUACACAUAUUCGAACGAACGGUGAUCCUUUUGUUAAACAAUGGGCAGUUAGGUCCAUCAGGGAUCAUACUAAAUAGACCCUCCUUGAUGUCCAUUAAGGAAACGAGGUCCACCGCGCUGGAUGUCGCCGGGACUUUCUCGGAGCAGGCAUUGUACUUUGGUGGGCCAUUGGAAGAGGGGGUGUUUCUAGUGAGCCCAAAGAGAUCAAAUGGGGAAGAAGAUGCGGUUGGAAAGAGUGGGGUUUUUGAGGAAGUAAUGAAAGGAAUGUAUUAUGGGACUAAAGAAAGUGUUGGAUGUGCAGCAGAAAUGGUGAAGAGAAAUCUUGUUGGGGCUGAAGAUUUUAGGUUCUUUGAUGGGUGUUGUGGUUGGGAAAAGGACCAAUUGAAAGAUGAAAUUAAAGCUGGUUAUUGGACUGUGGCAGCUUGUAGUCCUAAUUUAAUUCAAAUGGAAGUGGGAAAUGUGGGACUUUGGGACAACUUACUCAGCCUUUUGGGCCCUAAAAAGGUUUGGUGAAGUUAUGAUACCAAUUUCAUGAUUUCCAAACAUUUUCCACACUGUGGUUGUCAGUUUGAAAAGGUGCAAUUUAUGAAAUAUCAGUUAACAUCCACCUAA